UUAACACUGAGAACCUGUCUGCUUGACUUGAACCAAACUUAUAGGUUCAGAAUGAAAACUGCAAGUGUCUUUGGGCUUCUGAGCCUGGUUCUCUUCUACCUCUUCUCAGAUGUUGCCAGCCAACAUGAGGGACAGCCCAUUGACUGUAGUGAGUACGACAACGAUGAAGCAUACUGCACCAGAGAGUCUAACCCUCACUGCGGCACAGAUGGCCAGACUUAUGGAAACAAGUGUGCAUUUUGCAAGGCAGUUUUGAAAAGUGAUGGGAACCUUGGUCUCCAACACAUGGGGGAAUGCCCUUGAAGACUUAGCGUGCAGUUACAGCUGAAUGCUACAUUGCUCUGUUCUACUCUGUUCCCAAUGAAUGCUUGGAGAUGCCCAGUGUAGAGGUGUGAGCUCUCAGUGCUGUUGUUCUCCUUCCCUUGGGCUCCUGGUGAUGCUAUUGUCUCCAGCAUACAUCUGCAA